CGGUAUUUAAAUAUUUUACACUUCGUUAUCGAUUUUUGUUGCAUUCUGAACGUUAGUGACACUGAUGUCAAAAGAAUUAUUUUGCGUAUAAAAGACUAAAAAAAGUGUGUGUGUGUUUUUAUAGAUCUUUAAAUGUUGAAAUGUGUUUCAUACUGAAGGACCGGGACGUAUACAUUGGAUAAAACAUUUUCCAAUUUACGAAGAUAUCAAAGCCUCUUGGUAAUAGGAGACAUUCAGCAACGAUAUAUCAUCUGUAUUCGAUGAUAUCCGAAAAAAAAGCCGUAACGUUGCUAUAUAUAUAACUGGGCAUGAACAGGUUUAAUAUACUAACUACGGUGCAGGUUGCACAUUAAAUCGUACAGACGGGUGAACAUUUUGUAUAUAACACAGAACUUACGAAAAACAGAGUGUUUGAAAGAGUCUUAAAACUUUUAUCAUGCCGUAUUUAUACUACCAAGGAUUUUCAAAGAAACUGGAGAGUUUUUUGAAUAAUAACGAACGGGAAUUUUGUUGCAGAUAAAAAUUUAAUCGUUGUUAUCAUAUACAACUGAGAAAAAAUACUAUAUAAAUACAUUACUGAUUAGUUACCAAACAACUGAAAAGUAUAUAGAGGUAUAACAAACGAGAAAUGUUGUGUAUGAACGUCGAGGAACUUCGAUAAACUGUAUCAAAUCCAAGCUUACUGAAGAAAGGUGAAAAGGCUGACAUAUAUACAACCAAGGAUUUCUGAAGAAAAAGAAACCCUAAAAAAAUAAAUGUCUGUGCUGUAUAGUCGAUGCUUGAAAAAGACGUAAAUGUUACUGUGUACAUUCGAGAUUUAGUGCGACAUGUAAAAUGUUACUGUGUACAUUCGAGAACUGGUGCGACAUGUAAAAUGUUACCAUUUAUAACUGAGGAUCUAUGAAAACAAAAUAAAAAACACAACCAUGAAUACCGUGAAAGUCGAAAAUCUGACCAUUGCAUAGUAUAUGUAUAAAACCGAGGUUUGCUACGAACAAGUGAAAGCUCCCCGCCGCCAGUAUAAGCUAAACGACUUUUGCGAGAGAAAAUAAUAAUGGGGACAAACAACGAAAAUUUUAAAUGCGAUAUUUGCCAAAAAGUGUUUAAAAUGUUCUACAAGCUUACCAUACAUAUUGCAAUACAUUACAAUACAUGUAAUAUAUGCCAAACGACAAUCAGCGGAUCGUCUGUUGGUUUGUUGGAGCACAUGCGAGGUCACAGGGGAGAGAGACGUCAUUUUUGUAAAGUAUGUAAUAAAGGGUUUAGAUAUUUAUCCGGGUUAAACUACCACCAGCGUGCUCACACGGGGGAAAAGCUGUACGAAUGUGACAUAUGUAACAAGAGCUAUAUGUCGGGGUAUCAGCUCAAAGUACACUCACACAUUCACACCAACGAAAAAUAUUAUAAAUGCCAUUUAUGCCAGAAGAAAUUUACCCAGCCUAGAAGCUUGCAACGGCAUAUUUGGAUACACGAAGGGAAAAAGCCCUACCAGUGCGAUAUAUGUAAACAAUGGUUUCGUUCAGAUUUGAAAAAACACAUGCGAACCCAUAGUGAUGUAAAACCAUACAAGUGUCCAAUUUGCAAAAAGGCUUACACACAAUCGAGUUCUGUCUCCAGACAUAUGAUAACUCAUAAUGCAGACCGGCCUUAUAAAUGUCAUUUAUGUGACGGCGCGUUUAAAUAUGCCGAUUACUUGAAACGACAUUUAGAAACGCAUUCCACGGAAUCAAAACACAAAUGCACAGUUUGUAGCAAGGCAUUUACUCAAUCGAGUAACUUUUUAAGACAUAUGAAACUGCAUUCUGAAACUCGACCAUAUAAAUGUACAAUCUGUGACAAAACCUUUACUGGACUUUCAGAAUUCAAUAAUCACACUCGCAAGCAUAAAGUAAUUGCUAAGGAAUAUAGCUGCGAUGUUUGUCAAAAGUCUUUCAGCACGAAAGCACACGUGGAACAACACAGUUUGAAACAUACUGAUAAACGUGCAUACAAAUGUGUAGUUUGUUCCAAGACAUUUCGCACAAAUAGUACAUUAGAGAAACAUAGACGCCGCCAUACAAAUAUGUAGUUUGUUCCAAAAUAUUUUGCUCAAAAAGUGAAUUAGCGAAAUUAUAGACGCCGCCAUACAAAUAUGUAGUUUGUUCCAAGACAUUUCGCUCAGAUAGUAUAUUAGAGAAACAUAGACGCCGCCAUACAAAUAUGUAGUUUGUUCCAAAAUAUUUUGCUCAAAAAGUGAAUUAGCGAAAAUAUAGACGCCGCCAUACAAAUAUGUAGUUUGUUCCAAGACAUUUCGCUCGGAUAGUAUAUUAGAGAAACAUUGCCGUUGUCUAACAAAUGUGUAAUUAUUUUAAAGGCAUUACGCCCGAAUUGAGCAACAUGGAAACGUAGGGGCUGCAAAACAAAUUUGUUGUUUAUACCAAGGCAUUUGCAUUAGAGAAAAAUUACCUUUGUCAUACAAAUGUGUAAUGUGUUUAAGAACAUUCCGCCCAAACCGUGCAUUAGAAAAUGACAUGGAAAGGCACUAUUAAAUUCGUGUGACGUUCGUAGUAAAAAGGUUGCAACUAAAUUCAGAUUAAAACAUGACUGUGACACAGUAGAUCUGUAAAUGUCCUUUCCUAAAAUAAUGAAAAGUUAAAUAAAGGACUGUCUUAAAGCCCUGCUCCGCGGCUAUUCAAGUUCUAUUGUUUGUAUGCAACCCAUGAUUACAAUACUACCAGUUAACGGCGACGCGCCACACUUAAGCACGCAAAACCACAGGUAUUUUAUAUAGAAUUUUAUAUAAAAUAGACUAUUUUGACAGGCGUCACUGUUCAUAGUCAGAAUUUUCAUGCUUUUUCAGUGACAAUUUAAGGUUAAAAGGUAGGACUGUAGCAGGUCUUUAAGGUUGUAGGUAACGGACAGAUGAUGCAUAAACCCAUAGAUUUAAAGUCUCCGUAAAUAAGUAAUAAUAUCCUAGAUUAUAACAGGCUCGUUUUUGUUCCCCGUUACAUAUCGGGUGCUUGAAGUAAUAAAAUGUGUGUGGUUGUUUUAAUUCUUUUAUUUAGUUUAGUAUUGUCAGUUUUAUUCAGGCUAUUGGACAAAUUCAUAAUAUUUACCUUACAUUUAUACGUGUAGAUACGUAUGUAGUGAAAAAGGUUAUUAUCUUUGCCUUGAGGCAUAUGCACUCGUUUUUUAACGGAAGAAUAUUGCGCUCCUUAAUUCUCGCAAUAUCUGCUCUUCAGAACCUGUGCAUGUAAGCUGAUAACCUAUGAAUAUUAUCGAACCUUGCAAAGUUAAGUAGAGUUUAAAGAGACUAAAGAUAAUUAUAUUUAUAUUUCUUUAACAACUUUGGACAUAGUAUACUCGAUUCAGUCAACCAUAAAAGCCAGGGCAAACUGUUCUAUGACGUCAUCGCUCGUACAUUUGAUCAUUUUUCAGCAACGGAUAAAAUCUAAUCACCCUUUAUAAAUAAAACUUCUGAUAAGUUAAUAACAAAGCACUAAAGAGUAUUUAGAGUUAUGCAAACUUACUUUAUUGCAGGAAAUAUGAGAUGAAAUAUUGUCUUGCGAAUAAUAAGAAUAUAUAAAGAGAGAAAUACUUCAAAAAGAAUGGCAUUUAGGCAAAAUACAAAAAAUAGUCUAAAUAUGUAUUUUUCAAAUUAAUGAAUAUUGACGGUUUGAAAUGAUUUGCUGAAAACAUCCAUGAUAUUGGUUGUCUACCCCUUACAAGAUGAGGUGUGAAAAUAGUUGUUCCGUAUUUGAUAUAACCUUCAGUGAUUUCAGUCAAGAAAUGUAAUUUUGUAAAAUUGUUAUUAUCUCCAUUUGCCUGUCUUGGUUCCACAACCGAAUUGCUUUAGGAAGCUACACGCGGUUUUGUAAAUUGACAUUCGAUUUAUAUUGUGAAAAUACCCUAAUAUUUACCAGACACAAAUGUACACUUGGAAUGAAAAGGACACCCGGGGCUUUUAAUUGUUUCAUAUUAAAGCGAGGUAAUUCCAAUUUUUACCAAAAUAAUAGUAGACAUAUUUCUGAUAGGGAUCUAACUCAAUGUCAUGGGUCUGUUUGCUUCUAUAAUAUAUUAUAUCUAACAGAAUAUUCAAAGCGGAAAAUGACAUUACAUGUUUCUUAAAUGUGACUGACACCCUUUUACAGGAUACCUAUACGCCCCUAUUCAUAACCUGUACAUAUAAAUCUGGUUGAACUUCCAGUGUACAUAUACAUAUAUGCUAUAUAACUUGCACAUACUUGUACUCGUAGAAAUAGGCAAUCUUACCUCCCAUUAACUUUCUAAGAAAUGUAUAUCGUUGAUAUCUAUUUCGUGAUGUUAAUAUUACAUAUUGUAAACAAUAGAUGUUUUUAAAUUUUGUAUUAUACUUGU